AUGAGAAGAUCGAUUUCGAUCUUAAUCGCAUCGAAAGCCAAAGAAUUUCUCAAUCGUCUUCAUCUUCUCGAGAAAGGUAAUCUCUUUACCCGUUGCCAUCACCGGAGACGAGCAUAUUCCACCGCCACUCUUCACUGGAGGAAACUCGACCUCAAAGACGCAAUUGAUUUGUUCAGCGACAUGAUUGAGUCUCGUCCUCCUCCUUCAAUCGUCGAAUUCAGUAAACUAUUGAGCAGAUUAGCCCAAAUGAGGAAGUUCGACAUCGUCAUCUCUUUCUUCACUCAGAUGGAGACUCUCGGAAUCGAGCAUGAUCUCUACACAUACAACAUCGUAAUCAACUCCUUGUGUCGUCGCUCUCGUCUCUCGGUCGCUUUCUCUGUGAUUGGGAAGAUGAUGAAACUCGGUUACGAGCCGGAUAUCGUCACGGUUAGCUCUCUGGUUAACGGGUUUUGUCAAGAGAACAGAGUCUUUGAAGCUGUCUCUUUGGUUGCUCAAAUGGAGUCUGUGGGAUGUAAAGCAGACGUUUUUAUCUACAACACGAUCAUUAAUAGUUUCUGCAAGAACAGAUUAAUAAAUCAAGCUUUUGAAGUGUUCGAUUUAAUGGAAGAAAGAGGCGUUAGAGCUGAUUGUGUUACUUACAACUCUCUCAUAACCGGUCUUUGUUGCUCUGGUAGAUGCAACGACGCUGUUCAAGGUUUGAGAGAGAUGAUAACGAGGAGUGUAGUCCCAAAUGUGAUAACUUUCACUGCUUUGAUUGAUGGGUUUGUGAAAGAAGGGAACUUUAUGGGAGCUGAGACCUUGUACGAGGAGAUGAUACGGAUGUGUAUAGAGCCGGAUCUGUUCGUUUACAAUGCGAUGAUCAACGGGCUUUGCAUCGAGGGUCGUUUAGAGGAGGCGAAACGGAUGCUUGAUUCGAUGGUUUGUUUACCUGAUGUAGUGACUUAUAACACUCUCAUAAACGGAGUUUGCAAGUCGGAGAGGGUCAAGGAAUUGGUGAAGCUCCUCAACGAGAUGUCUCGGAGAGGGUUGGAGAGGGAUAUAGUCACUUACAACACUCUGAUUCAAGGAUACUUUCAAGCAGGCGAAGUAGAGAGAGCUCAAGAUAUCUUCAGAUGGAUGAUGAUGUCUUGUGACGCGCCGCCUCCGAAUGUGAGAACCUACAGCAUUUUGUUGUAUGGUCUCUGUAUCAACGGGAAGAUAGAGAAGGCAUUGGUGGAAUUCGAGCGUCUGCGAGAGAGUAGUGGAAUGGUUCUUGAUGUUACGACGUAUAACAUCAUGAUUCAUGGGUUGUGUAAAGCUGAUAAAGUGGACGAUGCUUGGGACUUGUUUUGUAGCCUAGUUGAGCCUGAUGUUGUCUCAUACACUACGAUGAUCUCAUGCUAUUGUAGGAAACGAAUGUGGCAUGAAGCUGCUGAGCUGUAUAAAAGAAUGCAAGAAGAUGGUCUUGCUCCAUUAUAA